AUGGAAACUGGCCCAACAACCACCAUCUCCUCCCACCCGAAGCCUCCGAUCAGAUCGGAACCAAACCCUAACCAUGCCGGAUUGUGCUCAAUCUACACCGAUGCAGCGUGGAACCCUGUGACGGGACAUGCAAGGCUUGGUUGGGUUCUUGAUGAGCUGGCCUCUCCAUCUCAACACCUAUGUGACCUCUACCUUUGUAUCGUCCCCCUUUUGGCAGAAUCAUUGGCUGUACUGGCGGCCAUAACCUUUGCUCACUCUCGAGGGAUCGACUCCAUUCAACUCCAUUCAGACUCUCAGACCCUGAUCAAUACGAUCAACCGACGGGACAUGAAUUUGGAGAUCUUCGACAUCCUUCAAGACAUCUAUCUCUUUGCUUCGCUGUUUAAGUCUAUCACUUUUAUUUUUAUUCCAAGAGCUGCAAAUGUCUUAGCGGACUCAAUUGCUAAACAGACCCUAUGGGCCCUAAACUCUAUCUAG